GCAACUCACUCACCCCAUUUGUCAUACAUAUACCAUGGCUGAAACCUCGUCUUAUCUUCCACUUCGCCGCUUCGUCCUCCGUCUUCCAUCCUCUUUCUUCUCACUUCCCCUUCUCUCCAGUCUCAUUCCACAACAUCCGUUGCCCUCGAUUGAGACAAUCCCUACCACACGUUGCUUGUUAUUGGCACACCAUGUCCGAGAAACUCCCCCUCGCCCACCCGGCGCCGGAGUACGCUCCCCCUGCCCCGCGCCGCGCACGCCGGACCGCGUGGUGGUCGCUUCUCCCCGCCGCCCUCGUUUUGGCAUACCUCCACGCGCCGUCCUCCUUCGGCCUCGGUCACAGUCACCACCGUCACGGCUCUUCGCCCGGCGCCGCGGCUGCGGGAUGUGUCCAGGUCAAUCCCCUCUUCCCGACCCAAAACUCGACCGGCCUCUCGAAGCUGGACUCGUACCUUGACAGCCCCAAGUUCCGUAACGAGACCGUCGCCCGCCUCGCCGGCGCCGUCCAGAUCCCCACCGAGUCUUUUGACAACUACGGCCCCGUGGGCGUCGACGACCGCUGGCAUAAGCUAUUUGCCUUCGCCGACUACCUCAAAAAGACCUUCCCCAAGGUCCACGCCGCCCUCGCGCUCGAGCGUGUCAACACCCACGGGCUCCUCUACACCUGGCAGGGUUCAGACGCCGCCCUGAAGCCUACCGUGCUCAUGGCUCACCAGGACACCGUCCCCGUCGCGCCCACGACCAUCGACAGCUGGACACACCCGCCGUUCAGCGGCGCCUACGACGGCACCUACGUCUGGGGCCGCGGCGCCAUGGACUGCAAGAACUCCCUCAUCGGCAUCCUCGAGUCCGUCGAGCUGCUCCUCGACGCCGGCUUCGCCCCCAAGCGCACCCUCGUGCUGUCCUUUGGUUUCGAUGAGGAGGUCUCGGGUGAGCGUGGCGCCGGCCACCUCGCCUCCUUCCUGGUGGACCGCUACGGCAAGGACGGUGCCGCUGUCAUCGUCGACGAGGGCGCCGGCUUUGACAGCCAGUGGGGCAAGGACUUCGCCGUCCCCGGCACGGCUGAGAAGGGCUACAUCGACGUCGAGAUCAUCGUCCGCACCCCUGGUGGCCACAGCUCCAUCCCGCCCGCGCACACGGGCAUCGGCAUCCUGUCGGAGAUCAUCACCCACAUCGAGGCGAACCCCUACGAGCCCGAGCUGAUCCCUGGAAACCCGUACCUCGAGAAGCUGCAGUGUGGCGCCGCCUACGCGCCAGAGUUCCCCGACAACCUGCGCAACCUGCUCCCCGCCGCCAACGACAAGCAGGUGUGCAAGAAGAAGACGGACCGUCUGGCGAGGGAGGCCGCCAAGGCCGGGCCCCAGAUCAAGUACCUCUUCACGACCUCGCUGGCGACCGACAUCAUCGAGGGCGGCGUCAAGAUCAACGCGCUGCCCGAGCGGGUCCGUGCCGUGGUGAACCACCGCGUCAACGUCGGCGACAAGACGGCCAGCGUCAAGGAGAGGCUCGCCGCGAUCGUGCGCCCCAUCGCGGACAAGUACAACCUCACCCUGCACGCCUUCGAGGAGGACGGCAAGGCCGAGACGCCGUCCAGCAUCACUCUCAGCGGCAACGACAAGCUAUUGGAGCCCGCGCCCAUCACGCCAACCGAGGUCGACGGCGUCACCCCGUACGGCAUUCUCGCCGGCACCACGCGCGCGCUGUACGGAGAGGACCUCGUCGUCUCACCGGGCCUGAUGACGGGCAACACCGACACGCGGUACUACUGGGACCUGACCAAGCACAUCUUCCGCUUCGCGCCCGGCUACGACGCGGAGAGCGACGAGUGGUCGGGCAUCCACACGGUCGACGAGAGGACGAGCGUCAAGGGGCACAUCAACCUCGUCAAGUGGUACACCAUCUUCGUAAGAAACGUUGACGAGGCAGAGUUCUCUUGAAAGAGCUUUGCCGAUGUGAUCUGGGCCCUGUUUCACCUUUCUCAUGCAUGUGCGUGCUCCAUUGCGCUUGUGGCCACCUCAGCUUCCUCGACAUCGUUCCUGGCGAAAGGCGAGUUUCUGUUGGUAUCUGUAUAGAAGAAUCCAGGUACGGGUAGAUAUAAACGCACAGUCAGCCGAGGAACGGAGAGAAACAAGGAUACCAGCGGGUUGCCGAAACACGCAAAACCGCUCAAAUCACGAGGAUCCGAUGUGAUUCUGAU